CUCCCAUCUCUAUUUGUUUCUUGACUCUCUAGUACGGAAUUUUCCCCUGCGGUGGAGCCUUGCCAAUUCAUGCCCUUGCCGAUUGCAUUAAUACGAGACAAUUCCCAUAAUUUGCAGCGUCCACAAUUCCUUCGCUUGAAAAAUUAAACUGUUCAGCCCUCAACCGUGGUCGAACAGCAGCAUCUAAUUUGAUACCUAUUACAAUGACUCAACUUACCUGGUUGGUAACUGGGUGCUCCUCUGGGUUUGGAGAGGUCUUCGUGAGACGUAUACUCGCACGGGGCGAUCGUGCUAUUGCCACUGCUCGUGGUGAUGUUGCACGAUUAGCUCCACUUAAGGACGCUGGAGCGGCCGUUCUCUCGCUUGACGUCACAGCCUCCCAGGCUGACAUCAAUGCGAAAGUGGAAGAAGCUAUAGCUCUCUAUGGCGGGAUAGAUGUCGUUGUAAAUAGUGCCGGAUAUAUCGAGGCCGGUAUAGCCGAAGAAGUCACCCAGGAACGAUUCAUCGCCCAGUUUAAUACAAAUCUCUUUGGUUCCAUCAACACCACCCGCGCUCUCUUGCCACAUUUUCGGGCUAAGAAGUCCGGCGUCAUCGUUUACGUAGGUUCUCUUGGUGGCAUUGCAGGAGAGGUUGGUGGCGCGGCCUACUGCGCAAGCAAAUUCGCUCUUGAGGGUGUUGCCGAAUCAAUCAAGCUUGAAACGGAAGGUUUUGGCGUCAGGUCGCAUUUGUUCCAGCUCGGCCAUUUCCGUACGAAACUCCUCGAUACCAACAACUUCAAAGCAGUCCCACGAACUGUCGAUGCUUACAAAGAUCUGAAUGAAAUGAUUUACAACUUCCUUGGACAAGCAGACUCGAAUCAGCCAGGGGAUCCUGAGAAGGCCGUCAAUAUCAUGAUUGAUAUUGUCAAGGAAGAAGGCGUAGCUGCAGGAAAAACCCAGCCGUUGCGUUUACCCAUUGGGAAGGAUGCUCUGGCAACGCUCCGCAACAAGUACGUCAAGUAUUUGGAGUUGUGCAAUGAGUGGGAGAGUGUCAUCACGAGCACCGAUUAUGACGUACCAGACGUAAAAGCAAGUACAACAGUCCAAGGCCAUGAAGCCACCGUUCUUUAACCUGAACUGGGCUAGACUAUAGUCAGGCCGAUUCAUGUUACGGAUACCACCGAAUAAAGAUAAUAUUUUGCAUCCUAGAUUAGGUCAGAGGUCGAUUACUUUAGCGGACGUACCGUUGCGGGAAGUAGAACUAGUGAAUGCCUUGAACCUCAGUUUAGACAUCAUAUGGGACCAUUAGAGGCCAUGUAGUGUUGCAGGGUACCCUGACUGUGACAUUCGAAAAAGAGCAGUGCUAGGGCCUUGUGGGGACCGAGAACCCGUUUCUGACAGAAACAGAUGAGGGAUCGACUUG